AUGGACACGCAAAUGACGUCCGUCCCCAGCAGCCACUCCCUCCUCAUCGACUCCUCGCCCGCCCUCAAUCCCUCCGCCCCGCUCUCCGCCUCGCAACCUCCGCACAUGCCGCCGCUCCCGCCGGCCGCGCUCCCCGUCCCCGCUGCAACCCACCCUGGGCAGCCCGUCGCCCCCACUGCACCCCAGGGGCAUGCGCUUCCCGCGUGCGCGCCCGAGGGCAUGCUCGAUUCCGCCACGGCAGCGGCGGCGGGGCAGCUUGGCGGUGCAGGGAGCGGCGGAGGGGAAGGAUUGGGGGGUCAGAAUGGCGCGCCCGUGAGUGCAGGCGGAGGGGGUUGCGGCGGCGCUUCCAUGGGCGCAGUGGCGAGCCCCGCCGGCGCAACUGCAGGUGCCGGCGGCGGCGGCGCAGGCGGGCCGUCGUCUGCAACCACGACGCCCACGCUCUCAGGCAGCGCCGCCCCUGCAGCUUCCGGCGCCUCCGCUGGCGGGGCGGCGGCGUCGUCGGUGUCGCCGUGCGGCGCGUGCAAGUUCCUGCGGCGCAAGUGCACGAGCACGUGCAUCUUCGCGGCGUACUUCUCGCCCGACCAGAGCCUGCGCUUCGCCAACGUGCACCGGAUAUUCGGCGCCAGCAACGUGGGCAAGCUGCUGCAGGAGCUGCCGCCGCCCAGCCGCGAGGACGCGGUGAACAGCCUGUCGUACGAGGCGGAGGCGCGCAUCAGCGACCCCGUGUACGGCUGCGUCGGCGCGCUCUUCGCGCUGCAGCAACAGGUGGUGCGCCUGCAGGCGGAGCUGGCCAUGUCGCAGGCGGAAAUCUCCCGCCUGCGCGCUCUGGCGGGAGGCUCCGCCGUCCUCACGCACUCGCAGGCGCAGGCACAAGCGCAGAUUCAGGCGCAAGCGCAGGCUGCACAGGCGCAAGCGCAAGCGCAUGCGCAGGCAGCAGCGGCGGCGGAGAUGGCAGCGGCGGCGUCGUACUUGCCGGGCAUGGCGGGGCUGGUGGGCGCGCAGCACCCCUCCAUGCUGCCCGCCGCUGCCGCCUCGGGCGCGUUCGGCAGUGCGGGUGCAGGCGGAGGUGUGGGCGGUCAGGGGUACGGCGGCAUCAAGAGAGAGAUGGACAGCUUCUCUGCAGCGCACCUACCAGCGCCAGGCAUGGGACAGGGGCCAGCAACAACACCGGGCAACGGGAUGGUGGGGGGGCCAGCAGGUGCGGGCGGCAUGGGUAUGGGCAGCCACGCGCCCCCCAUGCCUGCCAUGCGCACGGAUGCGUCAGCGCCGUCCCCCCCUCUUGCCAUGAUGAUGGCGCCCCAGGCAGCAGCCGCCGCUGCCAUGAUGGCCACGGCGCCCUCCUCCCUCUACCCCAUGCCUCCUCCAAGCCUUGCAUCAGCCUCCAUGCCAGGCCCAGGUGUGCCAGGUUCGGGUGUGGCAGGCUCGAACAUGGCUGCAGCCCUGCAGUACCGGCAAAUGGGGCAAAUGGAGAGCAUGGGGAGUGGCAUGGGUGGUGCAGGGGGCCCAGCAGCAGGAGGAGCAGGAGAACUACAGCCCAACACACAUGACAUGGCUGCUGCUGCGGCGGCGGCAGCACACAUGGGAGGCAUGGGGGGGACAUUGGGAGGAAGCAUGGGAAUGGGGGGCAUGGGAGGAGGGUCAAUGGGGACGCUUUACAUGCAGCCCCAGUCGCAUAUACAAGUGGGCCGGGGGGGCAUGGGUGCAGGCAUGCCGAAUGGGCCGCUGGGCAUGGGGCAUGUGGGGGAGUAUCCUGAAGGCGGGCAGGUGGCGGGCAUGGGCGGCAUGGAGGGGCCUGAUGGGGGGUAG